AUGCCUCCCACCAACCAAGCAGCCAAGCUCGUCAACGCCGGACGGCCCCUUCUGGUAAUGUCUGCGCCAUACACAAAGCCAAAGGCAAACCAGAUCGUCGUCAAGAACGCUGCCCUGGCAGUGAACCCUUUUGACUGGAUAAUUCAAGACCGUGGUCGCAUGGCCGUAUCGCACGCCCAAUACCCAUUUACCUUGGGCUGCGACGUCGCUGGCGAGGUUGUUGAGAUUGGCACGAGCGUGAAUCAAUUUACGGUUGGCGACCGGGUCGUUGGCUACGCCCCUGGAAUCAGCAAGUCCGUCAGCGACCAGGCGCAAAGCGCAUUUCAGUUGUACACUGUCCUGCCUGAGGACGUCGUCACCAGGAUCCCGGAUGAUAUAUUUUACGAAAAGGCGGCUGUACUGCCUCUGGGUUUUAUGACAGCCGCCACCAGUCUGUUCCACGAUGAGCAGCUACAUUUAGCCCUUCCUCAACCGGUUAAGCCGAAAUCUAACGGGCAAACGGUGAUUAUCUGGGGAGGAUCGACUAGUGUUGGUCUCAACGCUGUUCAACUGGCCGUUGCGGCUGGCUAUGAGGUCUUUACUACCUGUUCACCCCGGAACUUCCAGCUGCUGGAAAGGAUGGGUGCAUCGCGUGUAUUCGAUUACAACAGUCCCACUGUGGUUCGCGAUAUGAUUGCUGCUAUGAAGGGGAAAACGACGGCUGGAGCAGUUGCCAUUGGCGUGACCGCUGCUAACGCUCUGUUUGACAUUCUCAACAGGUGCGAACGAGGCAAUAAGUUCAUCGCAAUGGCCAGCUAUCCUGUCCCACAGAAGCCGCCGAAGGUCUUCGGAACACCGUACACAAUCUUGUACUUUCUGUCGUCGAUGAUUUCCUACGCCAUCAAGAGUCGCACCAGGGGAAUCAGGUAUAAAUUGGUGGUAAUUGAACCGAUGCUCACGAAUGGUAUUGGCAAAGCCGUGUGGCGGGGCUUCCUGAGCGAGGCCCUGGAUAAUCGCAGCUUUGUGCCGGCGCCUGAACCCGAGGUUGUUGGGCAUGGACUGGACCAGCUUCAACAUGCAUUGGAGGUUCAGAAAAUGGGAGUGAGUGCGAAGAAGAUUGUUGUUACACUAUAG